AACCCCGCCCCUCGCUGUCAUCUAAAGCGGGAGCCCGGCGCGUUCACUUCAGUCCACUCGACGUCCUCUUGGCGGCAACAAGGUCCUCCGGAGAGCCCGCAGCGGACUAACUAACGUCUCCCAGUCGGUUCUCCUCCUCCCGCCGCCCUCUUUUUUGGUUCGACGCGGACUUUACGGUUGGCAGACAAGUGGUCACAUGAUGGAGGAACUUCACGACGUCCAGCUGACUGAGAUCAAACCGCUCCUGACUGGACAGAAUGGAGGAAACCUGCAGGACUUUGACUGUCAGGAGUACGACGUGGAGACGAGUCACUGUGUGCUGCAUGUGACCAUGAGAGGGGUUGCUAAGGGCAACCGGCCCACCAUCCUUACCUACCAUGACAUUGGACUCAACCACAAGUCUUGUUUUAACAGCCUGUUCAACUACGAGGACAUGCUGGAAGUGACCCAACACUUCUCGGUUUUGCACGUGGAUGCUCCAGGACAACAGGAGAACGCUCCCACUUUCCCCACUGGGUACCAGUAUCCAACAAUGGAGGAGUUGGCGACCAUGCUGCCAUCAGUCCUCACACAGUUACAGAUCAAGAGUGUGAUUGGUAUCGGAGUCGGCGCUGGAGCCUACGUUCUCACCAAACUGGCUUUAAAUGAGCCCAGUCUGGUGGAGGGUUUAGUUCUGAUCAAUAUUGAUCCCUGUGCCAAGGGCUGGAUGGACUGGGCCGCAUCCAAGCUGAGCGGCUGGACCAGCAACCUGGUGGACAUCAUCAUGGGACACCACUUCAGCACCGAUGAGUUGACCGAGAACAAGGAGAUCAUCCAGACCUACAGAUUGCACAUCUCUCAGGACAUUCCCCUGGACAACCUGGCCUUGUUCUACACCAGCUAUGACAGUCGGACCGAGCUGCAGAUGGAGCGUCCGGUGCCUGGUUUGAACGACAACGCGGUGAACACGCUCAGGUGUCCUUCUCUGUUGGUAGUUGGAGAUACAUCGCCUGCUGUCGAUGUUGUGGUGGAGUGUAAUUCCAGACUGAACCCCACCAAGACCACCCUGCUCAAGAUGGCGGACUGUGGCGGUCUUCCACAAGUGGUGCAGCCUGGAAAACUGGCGGAGGCCUUCAAGUAUUUUGUGCAGGGGAUGGGCUACAUGCCCACAGCCGGUAUGACCCGCCUGGUCCGCUCCAGGACUCACUCGGCCUCCAGCGUCGGCUCGGGCGAUGGCGUCCGGAGCCGCGGUUCCACCAACACGCCCCCGGAGAGCGCGCCGCCCACUCGCCCCUAACCCCGCCCCUUUCCCGGCGGGUCUCGGAGACGACGGCGGAGGACUGCAUCCUUUCUCUCUCUUCCCGAGCGCAGUUUUAGCCGCCGCCGUUUAGCUUCCCUCCCACUGUAGCCGAGCGAGUUCGCCCAAAUGAGGUCGAGACGAGGGCGGCCAUUUUGGCGCGCUAAGGAAGGCAUCGGUGUGUUGCAUUCACUUUCUCCCUCCCUCCCUCCAGCCCUGCGGUUGCCGUGGUGAUGCUGUAGAUGGCGUUCAUAUGAGGUGUUGUAUUUAUGAUUCAGUGGACUGUUUUAGCAGCUCUGCUCUUUUUACUGCUAGAACCUUCUUGAUUGGCUUUGUUGUCGUACUUGCCUGCUCCUCUAGCCACCAUGUGUUACUUCUAUGGGACAUGUUCACUUACAUUUACGACACCAAUUAUGUCACAUUUAUGGUACCAAUUCAGUUACAUUUAUGGUACCAAUUCAGUUACCAUUAUGUUACACUUACAGAACCUGUUAUGUUACAUUUACGAAAACGAUGUUACAUUUAUGGAUCCAAUUAAGUAACCUUUACGAAAACAAUUGUUACAUUUACGGAACCAAUAAUGAUACAUUUAUGUAAACAUUGAUGUUACAUUUACGGAAACAUUUGUUACAUUUACGGAACCAAUUAUGUCACAUUUAAGAAAACAAUUAUGUUACAUUUACGGAGCCCAUGUUUACAUUUACGGAACCAAUUGUUACAUAUAUGGAGCCAAUUAUGUUACAUGUAAGGAACCCAUGGUUACAUUUAUGGAACCACUUAAGUUACCAUUAUGUUACAUUUACGGAACUAAUUGUUAUAUUUACGAAACAAAUUAAGUUACAUUUACGAAAACUAUGUAACAUUUACGGAACCAAUGAAGUUACAUUUACCUAAACAUUUGUUACAUUUACAGAACCAAUGAUAUUACAAUUACGGAAACAUUUGUUACAUUUACGGAGCCUAUUGUUACAUUUAUGGAACCAAUUAUGUUCAAUUUAAGAAAACAAUUAUGUUACAUUUACGGAACCAAUUGAUACAUAUAUGGAACCAAUAGUGUUACAUUUGCAGAACCCAUUGUUACAUUUACGGAACCAAUUAUGUUACAUUUAAGAAAACAAUUAUGUUACAUUUACGGAGCCCAUGUUUACAUUUACGGAACCAAUUGUUACAUAUAUGGAGCCAAUUAUGUAACAUGUAAGGAACCCAUGGUUACAUUUAUGGAACCACUUAAGUUACCAUUUUGUUACACUUACGGAACCCAUUAUGUUACAUUUACGGAACUAAUUGUUAUAUUUACGAAACAAAUUAAGUUACAUUUACGAAAACAAUUAUGUAACAUUUACGGAACCAAUGAAGUUACAUUUACCUAAACAUUUGUUACAUUUACAGAACCAAUGAUGUUACAAUUACGGAAACAUUUGUUACAUUUACGGAGCCUAUUGUUACAUUUAUGGAACCAAUUAUGUUCAAUUUAAGAAAACAAUUAUGUUACAUUUACGGAACCAAUUGAUACAUAUAUGGAACCAAUAGUGUUACAUUUGCAGAACCCAUUGUUACAUUUAUGGAACCAAUUAAGUUACCAUUAUGUUACACUUACGGAACCCAUUAUGUUACAUUUACGGAACCAAUAUGUUAUAUUUACGAAAAAACUAAGUUACAUUUACAAAAACAAUGUUACAUUUACAGAUCCAAUUAUGUUACAUUUACGAAAACAAUUGUUACAUUCACGGGACAAAUUAUGUUACAUUUAUAAAAACAAUUAUGUUACAUUUACAGAACCCAGUGUUACAUUUAUGGAACCAAUGAAGUUACCAUUAGGUUACAUUUACGGAACCAAUAUAUUAUAUUUACAAAACCAAUUAAGUUACAUUUACGAAAAAUGAUGUUACAUAUACAGAUCCAAUUAAGUUACAUUUACAAAAACAAUUGUUACAUUUAUGAAAACAAUUAUGUUACAUUUACUGAGCCCAUUGUUACAUUUACGGAACCAAUCUUGAUCUGUGUAGUGAACCUCAACCUUUUCUUUGAAAACCUCUACUUCCUGUCUGAAAGGUGUCUGUGAGGUGCUGCUAGCAUGGCUCUCAGUGUGUUUCUCUCCCGUUGAAGUGUUCUCUAUGGACAGCAUGCUGCGUGUGGAGUGACAAACAGUCCAGUGGUUGCAGUCUAGUGCGUGAGCGUAGUUCACCAUCGUAACCAGCAGCGCUAGCAGCUCACAACUUUGAGUUGUACACGCGAUGCAGUUAGCUGCAGUGUUUUUAUUUUAGUGGUCUUUAUACACAACAAUGGGCUGGCACUAAACCUGCGGGUGAUUGAAGUGCAGACCUUUGAUUCAAAUAUAACAUCAGUUGCAGCCAUGAAUGGGACUUCUGAAUAGUCAUUUUCAGUAUUUCUCAUCCAUGGUGGUGGACUAUAAGGAUGAAAACUCUUGAGUACUUCUGCACAUAUUUGUAUGACAGUUGCGCUAGCUGGGAAAUGUAUUUAUAUUAUGGCAGCAAUGUCACCUAAGGGCCAUUUUUAACUGGCCCUCGGCCUAUUGUAAAGAUACAAUGAAUGUACUAUUCAUUUAAUUUCACACCAAUUUGCUUUCUUCCCUCCAACAGAAAGAGAUGUUGAUUUUGUUCAGAUAGUUUGGCACAGGGGUGUCCAAACUCUUCCCACUGAGGGCCGCGCACUGAACUCAAAGCAUGCGGGGGGCAUUUGGAUAUUUGUCUUUGUCAAAUCUAAUACGAUGUAAAGAUUUUGUAUUUUUUAACCACUAGGAGUCCCCUCAAGUUUGAAAGAAUCUCAGUCACAAAAAAUGUUAAGCCAUAUUAUUAUUCUUUUUAUUCAACACUUAAGUUUUUAAGAUAAACUGCAGGUCUAUCAGUCGUUAUAAAGUUACUUUUUUAAAUGUUUCAAGUCCUUUUCGUCAUAAUUCUGUUAAAGGUAAAAACACAUUGUGCAAUAUUUUCCCUAAAGACAUUUUCAAAGUGAAAUAUUUGAUGUGAAGCAAUUGGAGCCUUAAAUACGUCAAGUCAUCGCAUUGAUUUUGAAUUAUUUUUUUUCUAACAAUGACAGUUUAUAAGUUCAAAAGAGUUCAAAACAAGCCAUACAUUUUUUUCCCAUCCAUUCAUUUGUAUUCCUUUUUUGUCAAAACACACACACACAUUUAUAUAAGAAGCCACACAUUUUUUAUUUAAUCUAUUUGUUUUUUUAUGCCUUUUUUGUCAAACAAACACACACAUAUAUAUACAGAAAAUACGCAAUAUUUUCCUCAUAAAAUACUUCAAAGUGUAAUAUUUGCUGUGAAGUAAUUGAUUUUGAUUAAUUACUUUUGAGCAAUGACAAGUUUUAAAGAAAAAAACGACAACCUGGAUGGCUGCUUUGUGUUAUUAGUCAGGAUUGCAACCUUUUCUCGUUUUGUUCCCCCAUAGUGUAUUUUUUCCUAAUGUGCCACUGGCCACAAAUGGCUUUCACGCCACACUUUGGACACCCCUGGUUUAGCACAUUUUCUUCUCCAUUAGAUAGCUUUAAACAUAUUUCCAGUAGAUAAAAGUAGCAGAGUGACACAAGGAUCCUUCAAUGUUUUUGUGAAUUGCGGCAUGAGGUUGCCCCCUAGUGGAGUAUGGAAGUAUUUUUUUUUUUUGGAAAAGCCACACAAGUUUAGUGGACUGAGGGCUUUAAAACCAGUUCUUCUCUCUUCCCAAGUGUAAAGCAACAUUUCGACAUUUGAGAUUUGUACUUGCUGGACGUUCCUUUGUACUGAAAUAAAGGCUUGUUAUGUGAA